GAAACCUGGGGUGAGGAACUCAUCAACCCCUCAACCGACAAACCCAGCGGAGCAGAGGGCACGCAAACCUCCGCAGGAUGGCUGACAACAAAGUCAGCCUCCCGGCUAAGCUGAUUAACGGGGGCGUGGCCGGGCUGGUGGGAGUGACCUGUGUUUUUCCGAUUGAUCUGGCCAAGACUCGCCUCCAAAACCAGCAGGGGCCUAAACUCUACACUGGCCUGCUUGACUGUUUGGUGAAGACUGUCAGAGCAGAGGGCUACUUUGGAAUGUACAGAGGUGCAGCAGUCAAUCUCACACUUGUGACUCCAGAGAAAGCCAUUAAACUAGCAGCGAAUGACGUCUUCAGGCAGAAACUGUCCAAAGAUGGCAAGCUUCCUCUUUGGGGAGAGAUUCUGGCCGGAUGCGGUGCUGGCACCUGUCAGGUUAUCGUGACGACACCCAUGGAGAUGCUCAAGAUCCAGCUGCAAGAUGCAGGCAGGCUAGCUGCACAGAGGUCGCCGACGACGCCGACGCCGGCGCCACCCGCGGCCACACCACAGCCAGCGCCCUCACUCGUCAACGCGAAAAUAUCCCAUAAUAUGCCUCGACCGCGGACCUCGGCGACCAGCAUCACCUUGGAGCUCGUGAGGACGCGAGGCUUCGCCGGGCUUUACAGGGGAGCCGGGGCUACGCUUCUCAGGGACAUUCCCUUCUCAAUGAUCUACUUCCCGCUGUUUGCCAACCUCAACACGCUGGGCCAACCCGCUCCAGGUUGCCAUGGCGAGCCGCCGAAGCGAGCCCCCUUCCUGCACUCCUUCAUGGCGGGCUGCACGGCCGGCUCAGUGGCCGCCGUGGCUGUUACGCCACUAGACGUGAUUAAAACCCGUAUACAGACCUUGCAGAAGGGCGAGGGAGAGGACUCCUACCGUGGGAUUGUAGACUGCGUACGGCGAGUGUUGACACGAGAAGGACCAUCAGCGUUCAUGAAGGGAGCUACCUGCCGAGCACUGGUCAUCGCACCCCUGUUUGGCAUCGCACAGGGAAUCUACUUCCUGGGUGUCGGGGAACAGGUGAUCAGCCUGAUGGAAUAGGAACAUGGAACAUGGAACACUAAACGUUAGUAGUAUGCAGUGGAUACAAGGCAGUCUUUGUCCUUCCAUAUUUUCCUGUGGACAACUUUAUUGCAACACACAGACAAGGCUACAGGAAAGGAUGGGAGGACAAAUGCUGACUCGGACCCAGUUUCUCAACACAGUGAGGUGUUGAGAUGAGGAGAAGAUGAGCAAGAGAAAGCGAAAGAACAAGAGCAAGAGCACGGAGGAAGAGGAAGGUUGUUGGCCUGAGUUACUGUAGGUUUUUUUCUCUCCACAUACUGCAAGAAAACAAACAAACAACAAAAAAGUAAUUGUAAUGGUAACAUGCUAACAUGUUUUACAACACUCUGAUUUGUGUAGUUUUCAAACAGGGUACGUUUAGGUAAUGUGGUCUUUAUACUGAUACUGGAGCUUUUUAUCGAAACACAAUUGAAAAAAGAAAAAAAUAUAAAAGACUGAAUGAAUAAUACAGCUUGUGAAUGAGUGGGUGAAUGAAUGAAUGAAUGAAUGAAUGAAUGAAUGAAUGAAUGAAUGAAUGAAAUUUUGAUAGUGCUUUUUCUAGACACCCAAAGCGCUUUACACGUACCACAGGGCACUGAUUACUGUAUGUGUAUGACUGAUGUGCAAGACGAACCUGGAUGAUGCAAUGGCAGCUGGUUGUGCUGAUAUGCACUCUUGGUUACAUGCUGGCCAACUCUAAGGGGACAGGGGAUGGGGAAAUUUCAUAUGAAUUCAGUAAUGGGGCAUCUGAUUUGUUAUCUUUUCAUUCCAAUGUUCAUUUCAAUGGGGAAAACGUACAGUCAUUUAACAAAUGGUCAAUGCCACAAAAAGUUAUACCAGAAAUGUGUUGUUGUUUUUUUAGCAUUCGUGAAUACAGCAAAUGGAUUACUGUGUAUAAAGCUAAUUUGAUGUGUCUGUCUUUGAGUGAAAACAAGCACCAGGUCAGUUGAGUUACUGUAUAGAUACGUUUUUUGUUUUGUUUAUCAACACGGUGUUGUGAGGAGGGGCAAGACACUGGCAGCCAACCACGUGAGCUAAUUUUUUGACCGACAGCGGUUUCCAACAAUCAGAGCUAGAGUUGUGCACAGCUAGUUUCGCGCAGUCAGGAGAAAACAAAAAUGUAGAACCCAUCUAUAGGCUUUAAUACACCAGUCUUCAGUCUUUAUUUUCAUAUUUCAGUCGAUUCAAAUUAAUAUAUUUGAAUGUUGACAACUUCAUUUGAGAACUAUUGAUGAAGGUAAUCCUGUAUGUCUGCCAUUCCAUAGUUUCAAUGUGCUAUGUAACACAUUUACAACAAGUAGUCAUAAAAUAGUCCCAAUAUGUCACCAGAGACUAUGCAAAGAUCAUUGACACAACUACUGACUUCAUUUUAGCGGAUAGAGCCAAGAGGUUCCAUGAAACAAAAGCAGGAUACUUUGGCUGUUAAUUCUUUUUUUGAAAUGUCAUCCUUUUGGCUGGACUAUGCUUCAUUUGUUAAACAAACAUUUUAUUUUCCAUUUUUCUGUAAACCAUCUCUGGGGAUCAGGAACAAAACUACUCGCCAUGACUUCAUAGCCCUUUUAAAGCAACACUAAGUAGAUUUUCAUCCUUAAAAUAAUCUGUCAAAAGACAUUUCAUCAUGGUUCAUCACCUUGCAACAGAGUGAAAAUCACUUCUGAAUUUGCAUUUGCUGCCCCCUGUGGGCGAUAAGGCAAGUUUGAAGGAGCAUGUCAUCUCUGUGGUUAGGCACAGUGGGCCUUUUUCACGUCAUGUCAGACACCUUUGAUUCAAUGCAUUCAAAGCAAGUAUAAAUUGAUUCCACUAACAUACAGGCAACUGUUUUCUAUGGUUCUAUGGUUCUGUGUGAAACCUGUAGGUGCUAGUCGUUUAUACCUGCUUCGCUUCAACUUGGAACGUGUUUGACAUCAUUGCGAAAAAUUGGCCAAUUCUUCUUUCAACCUGUCAGGCAACUGAGGGAAAAGAUACUGUUGCUUUUAGUACACUCACUACUCUCUUCACACAGACUAGGAUCUGAGUUAGCAAAUUACUUUCUAAUUCUGUUGUUUGAGCUGUUUUACAAUCUGGGUCUUUUUUUUCAGUACAAUAAAACUGCGCACAAUAAAAAAACUAAACAAACAAAGUAUUUAAAGCCUUACCACUGUCUUGUAACAUCUAGAUUGAAAUCGCACUGCUGUUGACAUUACCAUCACAUUUAUAAUUUUAUAAUGUUUUUGAGUACUUUGUACUGCAGAUGAUUCAUCACACAUUGUGUAAUAUUGUGGUAUUGUGUAAUAAUAAUAAAAAUAUUUCGGAAAUGUGGUUCUCAGGCAACUGCAGACAAUAAAAAAUGUGU